AGAAUUAACAUAUGCAUGUGUGCACGUGUAACGUGCCCGGUCGCUUUAUUAUUUCGAUGAUUUUGUGAUUCUACUAAUAAUGUGACAGGUUCCCUUAGCUGGAUGAUUUGUUUUUAAGCUUGAAGCUAUUUUCCACGAUUCUUUGCAGAUUCAAAAAUGAGCACGAUUCUGGAAAAAAUUGCCUCCAUCGAGGCCGAGAUGGCCCGUACCCAGAAGAACAAGGCGACUUCUGGGCACUUGGGUCUGCUGAAAGCGAAGCUAGCCAAGCUCAGACGCGAACUAAUUACUCCAAAGGGUGGCGGUGGAGGUGGCGAACAGGGUUUCGAGGUUGCCAAGACCGGUGAUGCUCGUAUUGGUUUUGUCGGCUUUCCAUCUGUUGGAAAAUCCACACUAUUGAGUACACUAGCUGGUGUCUAUUCUGAGGUAGCUGAAUAUGAAUUUACAACACUUACAACUGUUCCUGGUUGUAUAAAAUAUAAAGGAGCAAAAAUACAGCUGUUAGAUCUUCCAGGUAUUAUAGAAGGUGCAAAGGAUGGUAAAGGACGUGGACGACAAGUCAUUGCUGUAGCACGAACAUGCAGCUUAAUCUUCAUUGUUUUGGAUGUCCUCAAACCACUUGGGCAUAAACGAUUAAUUGAGCAUGAAUUGGAAGGUUUUGGUUUGCGAUUGAACAAACAACCACCAAAUAUAACUUUUAAGAAGAAGGACAAAGGUGGUAUCAAUCUACAAACCAUGUGUCCACAAUCCGAACUCGAUUAUGAUACAGUGAGAAUGAUUUUGUCAGAAUACAAAAUCAGCAACGCAGAUAUUACAUUAAGGUACGAUGCUACCUCUGACGAUCUGAUCGACGUUAUAGAAGGGAAUCGUGUUUAUGUUCCUUGCAUUUAUCUCUUAAAUAAAAUAGAUCAAAUAAGUAUAGAAGAAUUGGAUGUUAUUUAUAAAAUUCCACAUUGUGUACCAAUCUCAGCCCAUCACAAAUGGAACUUUGAUGAUUUGCUAGAGAAGAUGUGGGAUUAUUUGCAACUCGUUAGAAUUUAUACCAAACCUAAAGGACAACUCCCUGACUAUAAUGCACCUGUAGUAUUAAAUACUGAAAGGCGAACAGUUGAAGACUUUUGUAAUAAACUACACAGAUCGAUUGCAAAAGAAUUUAAAUAUGCUUUGGUAUGGGGCUCAUCAGUGAAACACCAACCACAAAAAGUGGGGAAGGAUCAUCUUCUUUGUGACGAAGAUGUUGUGCAAAUUGUAAAAAAAGUGUGAUUUUUUCUUAUAUGAUCAUUUUUUAGCGCAAAUAAAAACAUUACCGAUGAGAUUAAUGAUCAGAUUUGUAAAAAGAUUACAUUUUAAUAAAUUAUAUAUAUAUG